UGUGACCUGUUUAGUAAUUGUGACGGAGGAGCCGCGAGGAGUACAUCAAAACACCGGUCACAGUACGCGAAGUUAUUCAACAAGCUAGCGGAGACAACACAAGUUCAUUCAGGAGGCGUGUGUCAGUGAUUGUUCAUCACUUUAAAAACUUUUUAACCGCGAGACGUUAGUGUUUAGGCAGUUAUAAACGUUAGAAGCUCCAUCCAAUGUCAUUUAUGGAUCGUAAACGAAAGUAACUGUAAAUCCAGAGGGAUUUAUUAACUUUAUUUGAAGGUUUUCCAGAAGAAAUCAACAUGUUCCCUCUCGACUCUCCGUGGAAUAUCUCUUUCGCUGGCUGUGGCUUUUUGGGUAUCUAUCACAUCGGAGUGGCCAGCUGUCUGCAGGAGCACGCGCCGUUUCUGGUGGAGAAUGCGCGUCACAUUUACGGCGCGAGCGCGGGCGCGCUCACGGCCUCUGCGCUGGUCAGCGGGGCCUGUUUAGGAGAGGCCGGUGCCAACAUCAUUGAUGUGGCUAAAGAAGCCCGAAAGCGCAUCCUAGGACCGAUGCACCCCUCUUUUAACCUGGUGAAGAUCAUCCGGACCAUGAUGCAUCGCACGCUACCCCCCGACAGCUACAGCAAGGCCACCGGCCGCCUGGGCAUCUCUCUCACCCGCGUGACAGACGGAGAAAACGUGCUGAUGACACACUUCAACAGCAACGAGGAACUCGUGCAAGCGUGUAUAUGCAGUACUUACAUUCCCGUGUACUGUGGCCUGAUCCCGCCGACCCUGCAGGGAGUGCGGUAUGUGGACGGUGGCAUCAGUGAUAAUUUGCCUCAGUACGAGCUGAAAAACACCAUCACGGUGUCUCCGUUCUCAGGAGAAAGUGACAUCUGCCCACGGGACGUCAGCUCAACCAACAUCCAUGAGCUCCGCUUCACCAACACAUCCAUUCAGUUCACGCUGGCCAACCUGUACCGGGUCUCCAGAGCUCUGUUCCCACCUGAUCCAAUGGUGAUGAAGAAUAUGUGCAAGCAGGGAUACAAGGAUGCUUUACACUUCCUUAAGAAGAACGGUCUGUUACAGUAUCGAGGUCCACACCGAAUGCUAGCCAUAGCUGGUGCAGGGGCCGAGGAAGACUCUGACAGUGAGGAUGAGGACGAGUCAGAGGACAGAGAUGACAGAGAAACACAGUCCCACAAUCUCGCCAGCAUCGAGGAGCACAUCUAUGAACACUUGCCUCCUAGAGUACAUAAAGCACUAGUGGAGGCCUGUAGGGAGAGGCGGAGUCUGUUUCAGUCGCUAAGCAACAUGCUGCCUGUCAGAAUGGCAUCUGCCAUCCUGUUACCGUACACACUUCCUCUGGAAUCAGCUCUGUCAGUGAGCAUCAGACUGUUGGAGUGGUUGCCAGAUAUUCAGGAUGAUGUGGGCUGGAUGAAGGAUCAGACAGUGAAGCUGCUGCAGAGUGUUUUAUCACAUGCAGGGAGGAGCGUGUCACAGCAGGUGUCGGCUCGCUUUUCUUAUCAGCUGGAAUUGAAACAUUCCCAGUCGGUCCCGGCCAGCUUUAGUGCGGCACACCUGCUGCCAUCCUGGGUCUAUGGGGGCAGCUCCACAGUCCUGGACGCCAUGCUGCGAUUGGACCAGUACCAGCGCCAACUCCUGCCGGGCCUUUUCUGCAUCAAUCUGGACCUCCGAGGGUCUUUCACCACCAGUUCGACUCACCCCAGUGCCUCAAGCGUCCCGAGCCACCAAGAUGCGAUGGAGGGUCUUACCAUGCGUGCUCUCGGAGACCCUAACUCCAGUCUCCUCCCUUAACCUCUGGCCUAAAAGACCAUUAUAUCCCACAAUGCACUGUGACGAUGAUGCCUAGAAACUUUUGAGUCAAACGUUUCUGUCUGCAUCAGCAAAAAGAAAGCAAAUGUUUUGCAAAUUUUUGUCUGUGAGAAGCUUGAUUCUGCUGAUGAGAAGAGCACAAUCUGACUCCAGACAAUUGAGUGUUCUAUGAGAAAUUCAAAAGAAAAAAACAAUCAAAUUGAGUACUUUAUAUUUAUUCACAGCCGGAGAAAUGUGUCUUAUGGAAGCUUGUUUCCACCACUAAAUAAAAAAAUAAAAAGGUAAUUGUGACUU